AAGGUGGAUGAAAUAAUUUGAUACAUAAGAAGAUGGCAUCAAAGCAAAUGGAAGCUAUUCAGAAGAAAUUAGGAAUGCUAAACUAUCCAAGGGCAAAUGCAUCUGCUCAGUCCCUUUUAUUUGCUGGCAUGGAGCGCUAUGCCCUUUUUGAAUGGCUCUUCUUUCGGCUAUUAGGUGAUAAGUCACCCUUCUCUCAACAAAACUUACAAGGGGAUGCCCUUGAUCGGGAUGAGGAGACGGCUCGAAUUCAAUGUAAGAGGUUUCUUUUUCUUUGUUUCGAAAAUUAAAAUUUUGUUGGUUGAAACUAGUAGGAAGGAUCUAGAGAUUAAUGAGUUGGAUCCAAAUAUGGUUUAUGACAUAACAUUAUGACGUAAUUUGAUCCAUAUAGCCAACCCCACUUGGUAGGAUAAGGCUUG